CGGCAGGGCAAUCUGUACCACGUCGUAAGUAUCAUCACAAUGACUCAGAAUCGACUCUUUGAGAUCCCCCCUGGGGAUGUUAUCACCGUCAAACUGAUCAACCCGGUGAACUUUGGCCCUUCGCAUCUCAAACGCUUCAUGACCCCCCAAGUCCCAGGCCUCGACACCUUCGCCAGGAACCCAGCAUUUUCAUUCCUGCUUGAGCACAGCUCAGGUCGCAAGCUGGUCUUUGACCUCGGCAUCCGCAAGGACUACCAGAACUACGCGCCGAAGAUCGCAAACUAUAUCCCAACAACCGGGUACAAUAUCGAGGUCACCCAGAAUGUCGCGGAUAUCCUGCACGAGCACGGAAUUGCACCAAAGGAAAUCGAGGCUGUGAUCUGGAGCCACUGGCACUGGGACCACAUCGGCGAUCCAUCCAGCUUCCCCCCAACAACAGACCUCAUCGUCGGCCCCGGAUUCAAAGAAGCCCUACUCCCAGGCGCCCCUACAAACCCUGACUCUCCCAUCCUUGAGAGUGACUACACCGGACGCACCCUCCGCGAAAUCACAUUCAGCCCCGAUACCCUGCAAAUCGGCAAAUUCCCAGCCUUCGACUACUUUGGUGACGGCUCAUUCUACCUCCUCGACAGUCCAGGGCACGCAGUCGGACACCUAUGCGGACUGGCACGUACUACAAAGAACCCAGACACAUUCGUGCUUCUGGGCGGGGACAUCGCGCACUAUACCGGUAUAUUCCGGCCGUCGAAGCAUCGUCCUCUCCCUCUGCCGGCCUCUAUCACUGCAAACGAGUAUCCAUGGGACUCUUUGAAUCUAGAGGCGGGGUUCUGCCCGGGUAGUGCGUGGGAGGAACUGCAGGCUAGUCGGGGACGUACGAAGGAGGAUACUCUGUUUGAACCGACGUUUGGACAUGAUAUCCCGCUGGCGAUUGAGACGGUGAGGAAGUUGCAGGAGAUUGAUUGUGACGAGGAUGUGUUUGUGGUUAUUGCGCAUGACUUUGCAGUGCGCGAUGGGGUGGCGCAUUUCCCGGAGGCGCUGAAUGAGUGGAAGGCCAGGGGGUGGGGGAGGGAGUUGAGGUGGGCGUUUUUGAAGCAGUUGGAGGGGUAUUGGAGGAAGACAGGAAAUAAUACUUAGUACGUAUCCAGGUCACAAGAGUUAAUAUUGCUUGGCAGGUCGGCUUUCUUCCGUAGUUUGCUGGAGCUUUGUUGGAGCUGUGUAACCGAGUCGGCUGGUGAAGGCCGGCAGUCUGGAUUGGGGUAACCGACGGCUCGGAGCCGGAGAAGAGAAGAGUGUGGAAGUGGAGAGCGUCUGGAGAUCGGAUAGAUUAACCAAGUGUUCACCGGAG